ACAUUAGUCUUUAGAUCUCUCUUGAAGAGAGCUGUUAUAUUUGUGCCUGCUAGAGUUGGAAAUAACAGUUCAGGAGCUGAAAAGGGUUGAAUGGAUUUACAGAAGGUUUUUUUUUGCGAGUAAAUUCAUGGCAACACAUUAAUUUGAUUAGUACAUGCUUUAGAAUUACUUUACACUCAAGCGAUUCAAAAGAUGUUAGAAUUAUCACCAGGCUGCUGGACAAAUAUGUGUUACACCACCAAGGUACAGAUCAAGACAAAUCUGUGACUCAGGAUUUUAUCUUGGGAAGAGCGCAAGGUGUACGAAGAACUCAGAAUAACAAGGGAAGAUAACUCUGGGAACUACAAUGUGUCAGAAGAACAGCUCUUGCUAAUACAGCUCCCCACCAAAGACCCGGUUAUCUAAGGUUUAUAUAGGAAUGCCUAGGUCAGCUGACAAAAUACUGGUCUUCUGCUCCAUAAAUGCAGAAAAAACGAUAACAACAGUGGAAAAUUGGAAGUCUGAAUUUCAGCUUUCUUAGAAAUAACUGCAACCUGACACAUUCCAUAAUAUUUAAACAGGGUGGGGGGAGAGAAGUCACCAAAGAUGUUACGUUUAGAGAUGACAUUGACAUGAAGAAUAGGUAAAUUUUGUUUUUCAGCCACUGGGAAAGCAGACCUCAUAGGAACUCAGAACAAGUAGGAGAAAAGCUUUUUUUAAAUUUUUUUUUCCUUGUUCUUUUUCUUUUCAAAGAUGAACCUAACUGUGCUCAAAGCUUUCGUGGGCUUGCUCUGGAAUUGCUGGGUUCUGGUGGGUCACGCACAGGGAGGUUUAGGAGACAAUCAUGUCCAUUCGAGUUUUAUUUACAGGAGGCUGCGGAACCAUGAGAGAAGGGAGAUUCAGAGAGAGAUUCUCUCUAUCCUGGGUUUACCUCACAGACCCAGACCAUUUUCACCAGGAAAGCAGGCUUCUUCUGCACCCCUCUUCAUGCUGGACCUGUAUAAUGCGAUGACAAAUGAAGAGGAUACUGAGGAGCUGGAGUAUUCACUAAAGGGAUCAAUGGCAGGGGAGAGCAGAGGGAUACGGAAAGGAUACCCUGCCUCUCCAAAUGGAUAUUCGCGGAGAAUACAAUUAUCUCGCAUGACCCCCCUGACCACACAGAAUCCUCCCUUAGCCAGCCUGCACGACACCAACUUUCUGAAUGAUGCUGACAUGGUCAUGAGCUUUGUCAAUUUAGUUGAAAGGGACAAGGACUUCUCCCACCAGCGAAGGCACUAUAAAGAGUUUCGCUUCGACCUUACUCAAAUCCCACACGGAGAGGCAGUGACAGCAGCUGAAUUCCGGAUAUACAAAGACCGAAGCAACAGCCGCUUUGAGAAUGAAACAAUUCAGAUUAGCAUAUAUCAGAUCAUCAAGGAGUACCCGAACAGGGAUGCAGACUUGUUCCUGUUAGACACAAGAAAGGCUCAAGCUUCUGAAGUGGGCUGGUUUGUGUUUGACAUUACUGUGACCAGCAAUCACUGGGUGAUUAAUCCACAGAACAAUCUGGGCUUGCAACUCUGCGCUGAAACUGGGGACGGUCGAAGUAUCAACGUUAAAUCUGCUGGCCUGAUUGGAAGACAUGGGCCUCAGUCAAAGCAACCAUUCAUGGUUGCAUUCUUCAAGGCAAGUGAAGUGCUUUUCCGUUCUGUCCGAGCAGCCAACAAUAAAAGGAAAAAUCAGAACCGCAACAAAUCCAGUAGUCAUCAGGAGUCUUCUAGGAUGCCAAGUGUUGGGGAUUAUAACACAAGCGAGCAAAAGCAAGCAUGUAAGAAACAUGAACUUUACGUGAGUUUCCGAGACUUAGGAUGGCAGGAUUGGAUUAUUGCACCAGAGGGCUACGCUGCGUUUUACUGUGAUGGAGAGUGUUCUUUCCCCCUCAAUGCCCACAUGAAUGCAACAAACCACGCCAUUGUUCAGACUCUGGUUCAUUUGAUGUUCCCUGAUCAUGUACCAAAGCCAUGCUGUGCACCAACAAAACUGAAUGCAAUCUCCGUGCUCUACUUUGAUGACAGUUCCAAUGUUAUUUUAAAAAAAUACAGGAAUAUGGUGGUGCGUUCAUGUGGCUGCCACUAGAAUAAAAGAAAAUAAUCUAAAGCAGAGGGUUUUAUUCAGAAUUGUAAUAAAGUCAAGAUAUGAGCCUUGCUGAUGAAAAGGCAGUCCUAAAUUUAUUCCAUUUCAUGUCGUCUCUCAUUUAAAUGUACAGUAUAAUGUAUAUAGUAGCCUUUAUUUAUUUAAAAGUAUAUAGUUUCUUUUGUACGAGCAAAAUUUCAAAAACAUUUAUUUUAUGGGUCACCUUACUAUGCAGUAGAACUUCACAAACUAAUUUUUCAGUUGACCAUACUGGAAUCUAUUUCAUUUCAUUUCAAUAUUUUAAAGUAAAGCCUUUGUAUAGAUUUUUUUAAAGCUAGAAAUUCCAGAACUUCUGUAACUGCUUCAUAUUGUUACAGGAACUAAAAUACGUUUGGUCAUAUCGUGCCAAUGAAAACUGUGGUGGGGUAUUUAUUUAGAAAAAGGCACAGAAAAAAAAACAUAAACAAAACUGCUUGGCUAAACAUAUUUUCUUCUUUUAGAAGUUCUGCUCCAUUAGAAAAAAUGAAACGUUGAACAGUGUUUAAGUAAAUAAAUAGUAGCUAGAAAAUAGAUGUGAAAAGAUUGCACAUAAUUGUUAUAACUAUUUUCUUUAACAAGAUGAGUGUAACUGGAGGAGUAUGUUACUUCUUGGCUUGUGGGCUGCAGAGUUUGCAAAAGGCUCAAAGCUUUGGGAAUUCUGUGGAGACAGACUCUCCCCUCUAUCUGUGACUUUCCAAGUUAACACUAAAGAUUGAACUACAACAUUCUUACCUCAAACCGCAUCAAUCUAUUAUCUAUCACGCUGCUCUGGCAAAUAUUUUUAUAAUAACAGCACAAGGUAAAAUAAAACAAAAAACAACACAAGCCUUCCCAUUAUAUACACAAAUUACUAUAUACACAAAAUAUACAGAAGACAGGCUGUGGAAGGGCUUUGCUUUAUUUACCUCCCACUUUUGGAUGUGUUUUCUGAUUGUGCGAGGGAAGGCAUAGGUGAUGUAGCAGUUGUCACUGGUUUAAGCAAAAAUCUUGUCCCUUAUGGUGGCUGUUUUCAGGCAAAAAUGAAAAACACCUUUCAUAAUGAGCCUCUGGGUAAUUUGCAGCCUACUGUCUGUCCCAUCUGCUUUUCUAUCAGGUGGAAAUUGGUUUAAAUCAUGAGAUGUAAUAUGGGAUACGUUUCCUUUUUUUUUUAGCAUUAACUAUUGUAACAUUGAAAAUUCUUAAAUCCGUAUAAAUAAUUUAUAUUCUCACUAAAUUUUUGACCUCAAAUGAAAUCCUGUAGCUGUGAAUUUCACAACUAAGUGCAGAUUAUCAUUCUUACCACCACUACCCAUGUGCUUAUUUUGAAUUUACCACAUAUAAUGUCUUUGGACACCCCUUUGUUUUAGUGUUACAGAAACGGGAAAUAGAAACUCUGUUUUCUCUUUACUACAUGGCUAAUUAUAAUAUAUCCUUUACUAUUAAUUACCUUGAUUAAAAAUGCUUCAUUUAAACAGUUCUCAGAGUGUUGUUAAAAAAUGAAUAGGACAUAUCAGUUUCUCCUUAGACAGUCUAAGUCAGAGAACUCUGACUUCUCUGGUUAUUUAAAGCAUAUUUCAGAAAACUCAGAUUAUUACAGACUGAUAAAAUCAAUGUGUGCGUGUGACUGUGUGUAUGCAUGUGAAUGUGCAACUGCCUUUUUGCAGAAACUAAUUUAUUUUAUCUUGCUAUUGGAGUAAUACAUAAAUCCUUUUUAUGCAUACACUCUUUUUUUUUUUUUUUUUUUUAAAUUAAGAGUUCUGGUUUCAGUCUUGGGAGACAUUUCCCCUUAAUACAACUGUUCCAUUUUACACUUCCAUCUCUAUUUUAUACUGACAUUACCUACAUAUCUAUGCUUAGUUGCAGUUCAUGCACAAGGGUGUAUAGCAAAACAUAAUGUCUCCAACUGAAUUAUCAUUUUGGAACAGUUAAAUCCCUGGGUCGUCUUCAAAAAAUUUAUUGUUUUCUGUAUAAAUUGGGUAGGUGGAUAUGUUUUUUUGAACUCAAUUUAUUCUAAAUGGAAUUUGAUGGAAACUAAAUUUUGGGUACAUUAAGUAAUAUAUUUUUAAAUAAUGGUGUACCAUUUUGAGAAUAAGAAACUGAAGAUUAAUGUUAUAUUAUUCUUUAAAAUAUGCUGUUGGAAUAUAUUUCUAUAUUUUGAGACAUAAUAAACCUGUAAUACUA